AUGGGACACGACUGGGCGGACGUGCUGGACCCACAAGUGCGCUUCGGGCCGAAGGACGGGCGCCCCGGACGCCGGGAGCACCACAAGUUCGGGGCGUCCAGCCGCAAGGGCACGUACUUUUAUCGGUUUCACAAGCUGGUGGGCAAGGCCAACUGGCGGAAGUAUCUGGAGCGCUAUAUGGCGCCUCGCGCCCUGGAGAAUCGCCAGAGGUGGAUCCCCACGCCCUACGCCACCUACACCCAGGGGAAGCACGCCCACUCCUGGAACUGGCGCCUGCCCAAGGGCCUGGCCGCGGCCACCACAGCGGAUGAGGUGCUGGAGGUUUGGCUCCAGUUCCGGCACAAGCACCCCAAGAGGACCUUUCACUACUUCAAGGUGCUGAAGAGGCUGACCGAUGUGGGGGGCUGCGAUCGUGGGGACUGGCGGCUGCGCUUCAUCAUGUCCCGGCUUCGGAAGCUCCACCGGAAGGUGCUGAACCUGCCGCGGCUGGCGGCCUACUAUGCGGAGCUGGGGGCUUUGGAGGAGUUGGAGCAAGUGUCGCGCUUCCUCCGCAAGAUGCUGCCCAAGUACACGAGCCACCAGCUGGUGGUGGCAGCCCAUGCCUUCGGCCUGGCGAAGCUGCAGGAUAAGCACAUGAUGGAGGAGAUCGCCCGCCUGCUCGCGCCGAAGCUCAGUGAGGUGACGCCCAGCGAGUUGGUGCGCCUGGCGCAGGCCUUUGCGGACACAGAGGUUUGUCAUUACACCUUCCUCUCGCAACUGUCAGCGCAGGCGCAGGUCCGAGUGCAGCAAGCCUCUACUGGCGAGGUGAUCCCCGGGUCUUGCCCCACGCUGCCGCAGCUGGCGGAGCUGGCGUCGCUCUUCGCGCAGCUCAAGUUCCAGGACUACUCCUUCUUCGAGAUGGUUUCUUUGCAGGCCUGCGCCCAGCUCAGUGGGGGCCACGCUGGCCCUACACCGCCCGCGCUGGCGCAGCUGUGCACAGCCUGCGCCAAGCUGAAGGUGCAUGAGAUCCAACUCUUCGAGGUGGUUCUGGCACAUGUGGCGGACCACUGGUACGACUACCCCGCCACCAGCCUGGCGGAGAUCGGCCUUGCGCUGGCACCGGUGAUGCCAGCGGAGGACCAGGUGCUGGACACGUACCGGAAGAUGUUCAACCAGAUCCGGCACGAUCGCAGCAUGCUGACACUGAGGCUGUGGACGCAUCACCUGGACAUGAAGGAGUUUACAGAAGGCCAUGGACCCCUCAGGGAAGCUUGA